CGACCUUGACAUAGGUCUGGCUGCUAGUGUGCAAAGAGCCUUCGCACCCGCACUGAGGUGACUAAGCCGGCCCGUUCGCGGGCUCUCUCAGCUCGGCUUCAGCAGUUGGACGUGCCUUGAGAACUAGACUACAUAAACCACAAUAGAGGACUGAACAGGAUGGGACUUGGGAACUACAUCCGGGACAUAUCGUCUUCCAUCGGCGCGAAGGUGAAGGAUCAACCGUCGCAAUCAUUGGAACAAGCUUCUAUGCACAACGGCUCUGUAGAAAUGAGAUAUUCGAACGAUGAUCCUGCCAUUAUCUGCGGUGCUGAUGGACAGGUUCGAUGGACGUCACAGGCAGUGUCCCGACUACUCGCGUGGAGACAGGAAAGCCUCGCGAAACAACCGUCAUCACUAUCAGGAGACAUGCCAAAGAAUCUUGGUGACACGCACGUCUCGGUUGACGAGUUGCAACACCUAUCAACACUGGACGUGCCGCAGUGUAUAGCGAAAAAUCGGAGUGACGGCGCAACCAUCUACGUACUGCAGAAAGUAACAGCGCUGAAAGCUGAUGACCGAUCACGAGCGAACGAAUCUAACGCCUCUGGCUUCUUGGUGGAGCUACGGGACGUGAACGACGUAGUCCGAGGGAUGGGUAUGCCGGCCUUACAACUAGCGACACCACAAGCGCCACGAUUACACAAUCAGGCUACGUCUUCGUCCCUUCAGCGGUCGUCUUCCGACUCAUGGGAGACCACCGUCGAGAAUACCGAUGACUUUGCGGCCGAUGCAACAUCCAGUAAAACAGCUACACUCGCACGGGAUUCCGACGAAGUGUACCACUCGGUAGUUGAGAAAUCUGACCUUGUGAUGCAUCACAUUACGGAUGCCAUAUUUGGCUCGACAGGAGACGAGCAGAAUAAUGUGCUCGUUCAGACACUGUGCGCCGCUUUAGGCCAGGUCUCCACAUCUGUUCAUGCCGCCUUUGUCGGUCGAUACAUCACCCGGACAACCUCAAGAGCUGAUAAGGGGGAGUUGAUCACCUCCCUGACACCACCGGUCGACUACUAUUCUCUGAUCUCCAGAAGACCCUCAGACGAUAAUGUCCUUCCGGAUAGCAUCAUUGGCUUCACAGGCACCGCAUAUGUCGAAGGAAAAGGUCAAAUCGACCUUGGGAUCGUCCCACAGCUACACCGCUCCUUUAUUCACGCUCUGCAUUCCACAAUACCCAGCAUCAUCCCCGCAAGCGAACUCUCUGUAGUUCCCAAGUCUACAUCGUUCUGCCAGCCUGAAGACUCCAUAUGUCUAAUCGGGCUGCAUGACCUUGUGGGUCACCCAAUAGGUGGACUGGGCAUCGCAUACAGAAGCUCGUCGAUAAACUCAGCUGAUGAGGAUGAGGAUGAGCUGAUUGCAAUCGUCAAGAGCGUCUUGAACCAACUAGCUCCGAAGGUUGCAAAGCAAAUCACUCUGACUUUGGAGAUGCUUCGUCUGAAGAAAGAGAAGCUCGAGACGGAAGUGGCUACCAAGUCUAAAUCACAUUUCUUGGCCAACAUGAGUCAUGAGAUCCGUACACCUGUAUCGGCAAUCAUCGGUCUGACUGACAUGAUCUUGUGGGAUGAACGGAACCUAUCAAAUGACAACCGAGGGCGUCUUGAGCUCAUCAGCUCGUCAGGCGAGCAUUUGCUAGCGGUUAUCAACGGGAUCCUCGAUUUCAGCAAAAUCGGAGACGAGGACGUUAAGUUCCAGCUGAAGUCACAACCUCUCAAACUGAGGAAAUGUAUCAAGGAGGCUGUUCAACUGGCAGCGCUGUCACCGGCCGCCUCAAGAAAGAGUAUCCGAAUCAUUGCCAAGCAUCGCGAGCUCUCAGCCCAACAGUCCGGACUGAUCGGAUCCGCACCCACAUCAGUCUCUAAGUCGCCAACAGCUGCAGCAACAAAUCUAGUUCCACCGGUCAGGAGGACGUCAUCGCGCUCAUUAGACGAUGAGAAGGAUGUCAAGUUCCAUGACACGUCUCUAGCGUUCUUUUGGAGCGUUGCGGACGAUGUACCGGAUUGGGUCAUCGGCGAUGUGACUAGGAUUCGGCAGGUCAUGUUGAACUUGAUGACCAAUGCUCUUAAGUUCACGAGCCAGGGUUUCGUUUCAUUCAACGUUCGCCGCCUUGCAAAGCAACCGGAAGGCAACCCGGGUGCCCCGCCCGGCAGUUCCUCCUUUGCUGGUGAGCAUCACCCUUUGAAGCCAUCAGCAUCUGGGUCAGAUGCGGAAACAAGAGCUACGCUGUCACCGCCUACCCCGCCCACAACGCGACGAUCCUCUACAUCCUUGUGCCUGGCAGAUUUAAAGGAGGACAUAGACAAGGGAGAUGCGGCCGUCCUCCUGUUCACCGUCCAAGACUCUGGCUGUGGUAUUCCGAAGGACAAGCUGAACUCCCUUUUCAAGCCAUACUCCCAGCUGGACAACCCGAACAACAUGGACUCGACUGUCGGCACCGGGCUAGGUCUCGCGAUUUCCUCCCAACUUGUCGAGAUGAUGGGCGGCCAGAUCUGGGUCGAGUCCUCGCUUUCGGUUGGGUCCAAAUUCUCCUUCUGUGUGCCUUUCCCGAUCGGAGAGCCGGCUGCUUCCUCGUCGUCGGGGCGAUCGUCACCUGAUGAGGAAACGGAAGUGGAAGCGCAGUCUCCUGAACCUGUCAAAAUCACACCGAACAAACCUGCGCCUACCAAACUCGCCGCGAGGAAAGCCAUCCCGCGUCCUGCUUCAGCGCAACGCAACCCCAGCGCCUCAAGUCUGAAAGGCGACGAGUCAAAUGCAAGGCAGAUGGGGGGCCGAAGUGAUGACGAUUCCACCUCAACGGAUUCCGAGUAUUCCGGCCUGAACAACAGCCAGAAUGUGAACGCGACCACGGCAGACACGUCGGCAUACCACGAGGAUAUGCGGUCGUUGAUGGAGAAGCAACAUCUGGUUAACAGCGCGGCGUCGGAAGACUCGUUGCCUUCAGACGCGGGAUCUACUCCUACGACGAAGAUUCGGCGCUCGGCGACACGCAGGACACGGCCGUCGUUGGCCGAUACGGAAAGAAGGAAUGCGGCGAAUGAUAUGAGCAAGACAUAUCCUUUGCGGAUUCUGGUGGCUGAAGAUAACGCGAUCAACCAACAGAUCGCACUGACCUUGCUGAAAAACAUGGGUUACAGCGCGGACCUAGCCAAGGACGGCCUCGAAGUCCUCGAGAAAGUCAAGAGCAUGUCCACAUACGACCUGAUCCUGAUGGACCUCUCCAUGCCGAAGAUGGGCGGCAUUGAAGCAAUGCAAGAGCUCAUCAAGCGGUGGGACGAAGAGGAAGAGCAAAUCCGCCGGCAACUCGAGUCCGAUCAAGAGGAAUUCGGUGCAGUGCCACCUUCUCCAAUGUCGCCACCCCUGGCGAAUACAUCGCUUCCGCGAUCCUCUUCAAGGGCUUCAACGAUGUCCGGCCAGGAAGUGCAGACGGGCGCGUUCCCGAGGAGGCCGGUCGUCAUUGCGCUAACGGCGUCCGGAACCGCUGCGGAUUUCGAAAAGUGUCGUGAUGUAGGCAUGCAAGACUGGCUCAACAAGCCCUUCCGCCGCCUUGAAAUGCAAUCCAAAAUCGUCCUGCAUUUCGCCCACCUCAAGAAGGCACAAACACCUCUAUCGCCUCCCGAAGGGCCUCUCGGAGCACCAGUACGCGCGCAUGGACGCAGCGUAUCCCAAACUAGCAUAUCGAACCCGUUAUCUAUUCCUUACCCAAUACCUAAAGCCUCGGCAUCCACAUCGUCACUCAACCUGGCUUCGCCUGAGGGACGCGAGGCGGCUUCGUCGGCUGAGGAGAUAUCUCCGUCGCGUGCGCCGACUGCUAUGGUAUCACAGUAGGGAGUAACCCCUACCUAACCAGCGCGUGUAUAUUAUACUCCCUGCGAUGUCUCGUGGCAUUUGGGACGUCCCUUCAUCCUCCCACCCCUAACACACAUCCGACCCUUUCUCCCUGCAUAAAGACAUCUUGUAUUUAGUCAUCCGUGGUUGACCAUGAUUUUGGGUUUGUUUGUAAUUUGAUUUUUUUCUUGGGGGUUUCAUUUCUUAAUCAUGAACCGAUCAAAAUCAAUCAAUACCUAUUCAGGGUUGCUUUGGGUCUCUGUGCGUGGCUGGUGAUUCGGAAUCAUGUUGGGUUCUAGGCCUCUAGAUUAGUACA